UAUAAAUCGCAGUUGCAUGCACUUGUUAUUUGUUCAGAAACUAAAAGCUAGAGAGAUCAAACAACAAAAAUGGUGUCAGUGAAGCUACAGAAGCGUUUAGCUUCAAGUGUUCUCAAAUGUGGACAAGGCAAAGUCUGGCUCGAUCCUAAUGAAUCCAAUGAGAUCUCCAUGGCUAAUUCUCGCCAGAACAUCAGGAAGUUAGUGAAGGAUGGCUUCAUUAUCAGGAAGCCAACGAAGAUCCAUUCGCGAUCUCGGGCGCGUAGAAUGAAGGAGGCUAAGAGCAAGGGCCGUCAUGCUGGAUAUGGUAAGCGCAGAGGAACAAGAGAGGCUAGGUUGCCGACAAAAGUCUUGUGGAUGAGGAGGAUGAGAGUGCUGAGGCGUCUGCUACGCAAGUACAGGGAAGCGAAGAAAAUAGACUGCCAUAUGUAUCAUGACAUGUACAUGAAGGUUAAGGGUAAUGUCUACAAAAAUAAGCGUGUGCUGAUGGAGAGCAUCCACAAAAGUAAGGCUGAGAAGGCUCGGGAGAAGACUAUUGCUGACCAGCUCGAGGCUAAGAGAGCAAAGAACAAGGCAAGCAGGGAGAGAAAGAUUGCUCGGAGGGAUGAACGAUUGGCUCAGGGCCCUGGGGAGAAAGCACCGCAAGCCCCAGCAGCAGCAGCCGCUCCAUCUCAGGCUCAGCCGUCGAAGAAAUUAAAGAAGUAAAAGGUUCAAAUAUGAAACUGUCGAGGAAUCUGUCUCCUGGAUGCCUUCACUAGAGUGUUUUUAUGCUAUUGUUUUCCCCUUUUGCUUAUAUAUUUAGAUGUAAGAAUAAUAACCUUGUUAUUCAACUGGAGAUUUGAUUUAUUGUA